GGCCCAGGGUGCGGGUCGCGCGUGGCGUUGCUGGCUGGGCCGCACUUGGCCCAAGCGCUUCCCUGUGCCAGGGUGACAUGGAAGGACUGCUGACGAGAUGCAGAGCACUGGCCACUCACAGCCACCAUCUUUCUGGGUACAUCCCCCACAGAUUUUACUGUUCCCCAGGGAGAGGGAAGCGCAUGGUGCUCUCCCGUGUAUUCCAGCCCCAGAACCUUCGGGAAGACCAGUUGCUCUCCCUGGAGGGCAGAUCUGGUGAACUGACCUGUAAGAGUCAGCAGCUGAUGCUACGGGUGGGCUUGAUCCACCCAGCCAGCCCCGGCUGUUACCACCUCCUGCCUUAUACCGUCCGAGCCAUGGAGAAGCUCGUGCGGGUGAUAGACCAGGAGAUGCAGGCCAUUGGGGGUCAGAAGGUCAACAUGCCCAGCCUCAGCCCGGCAGAGCUCUGGCGAGCCACCAACCGGUGGGAUUUGAUGGGCAAGGAGCUGCUAAGACUUAGAGACAGACACGGCAGGGAAUACUGCUUAGGACCAACGCAUGAGGAAGCCAUUACAGCCCUGGUCGCCUCCCACAAGAAAUUGUCCUACAAGCAGCUUCCAUUCCUGCUGUACCAGGUAACAAGGAAGUUUCGGGAUGAGCCCAGGCCCCGCUUUGGUCUUCUCCGCGGCCGAGAGUUUUACAUGAAGGACAUGUACACUUUCGACUCCUCCCCAGAGGCCGCCCAGCAGACUUAUGGCCUGGUGUGUGAUGCCUAUGGCCGCCUGUUUGACAGGUUGGGGCUGCAAUGCAUCAAGGUCCAGGCGGAUGUGGGCAGUAUUGGGGGCACAAUGUCUCAUGAGUUCCAGCUCCCAGUGGAUGUCGGCGAGGACCGAUUUGCAGUCUGCCCCAGCUGUCACUUCUCGGCCAACAUGGAGACACUAGACUUGUCACAAAUGAACUGCCCUACUUGCCAGGGACCACUGACUGAAACCAAAGGCAUUGAGGUUGGCCACACAUUUUACCUGGGCACCAGGUACUCUUCCAUUUUCAAUGCUCAGUUCACUGACGUCCAUGGCAAACAAUCCCUGGCUGAAAUGGGGUGCUAUGGCUUGGGUGUGACUCGGAUCUUGGCUGCUGCCAUUGAAGUUUUCUCUACAGAAGACUGCAUUCGCUGGCCCGGCCUUCUGGCCCCUUACCACGUCUGCCUCAUCCCCCCUAAGAAGGGCAGUAAGGAGGCGGCGGCUGCAGAGCUCACAGGGCACCUGUAUGACCACAUCACAGAGGUGGUGCCGCAGCUACGUGGGGAGGUCCUGCUGGAUGACAGGACCCAUCUGACCAUUGGAAACAGACUGAAAGAUGCCAACAAGCUUGGCUACCCUUAUGUGGUAAUUGCUGGCAAGAGGGCCUUGGAGAACCCUGCACAUUUUGAGGUUUGGUGCCAGAACACCGGUGAGGUGGUCUUCCUCACCAAAGAGGGAAUCUUGGAAUUGUUGAGCCAAGUGCAAGUUGUCUAAACACCCCCACCCCCCACCCUCCGGGCCCAGGCCCACUCCCUUGCAGCUGUGGUGUUCAUUUGAACAGCGCCCUUCCCCACACUCCUUUCUAGGGCUGGUCUCUCCAGAAAUAGGGAAGCUUGUGGAACGUGAGAUGUGUUAGGAAGCCAGUAUUCAUCUAGUCAUUUAUUCAAACUGCAGCUGACCCUUGAACAACUGUGGUGUAGGGAAAACAACCCCCCAUGCACAGUCCCCAGAAACUUAACUAUUGUUGUCCUUUGGUGUCUGUGGGGGAUUGGUUUGGUUUCACAACCCAUAUCCAUAGUUUGAAUCCAUGAAUGUGGAGCCCAGCUGUAUUUGUUGAAAAAAAAUAUGUCAGUGGACCCAGGCAGUUCAAACCCAUGUUCAAGAGUCAGCUGUGGCUGUAUUUAAAGUCAUUACCUUGAUCCCUUUGUCUGGACUGACUGAGCUGCAUCCUGCCAGUCCUGUUAUAUUCUAUUGUGGAAGCUUGUUGGGAGGCAGGGAGCUCAGAGUUCUCUCGGCCUUCAGGUGAGUCAUUUCCCAUCUCAAGUUGUUUCUCUUGAGCAUGGGAGUGACUGGUGGCCAAGGCCCUCCCUGCUCUAGGGCCUCUGGCUGCAGUCGUCUAAAGAACAAGCCCAUCAGCCCCCCUGCACUUGGAGACAUCCCCUCCCCAGACCUCGGUUUCCCCAUCUGUGACAUGUGAAAAUAAACAUCUGUGAGUACUUAAGUGGUCACUGGUCAGUUCCACAAGAGAUUCAUGACAGGCAGAUCUGCUUAGGACCUGCGUCCUCUGUCAUCUAAGAUACACAGCUGGCCCUGUUGGGCAGCUUAGCACUGAGAUCAUGUUAUAGUGAUUGAAUAAAGUCAAACUGUUGGAAUGAGCCUUGCAUGUGAACUUGAAACAGUGGUGACACCUGCCGCUCAACAGCACAGUUUCUGCCUGUCUUGAAACUAUUAUGUCUAUACUACACUCAAAAAAAGAAAAUUGGGUGGCGUUUUCCCCCACAAGUAUCAGGCAGCGGGCUUCCAAUACCUUGUCCUAGGUACACAGCUGGAUCCUGGAGCUAUGACGGGGUGAAUACUAAUGUCUCUGUCUGGAUUCUGGAAAACUGGGAGCAGACUUGAAUUCCCACAGCAGUGCUGCCUGCUUUCACCAUGCCAAGUCACCACACUGGGGACAUAGGUUGCCAUGAUAUGUCUAAAUCUAACAAGAAUUAAUCAAGGCCACGCUCAAAAAUAUCCCCUCCUGACAACAUGCCUGGCAGCGCCUGGAAGUGGUUUUCCUCUUGCUCCCCCAGCAAUGGCAUUAAUCUCGCCACACCCAGCUACCUGUGAGGUCUGCUCCCUGAGCUGAUUGUUCAGGCUCUGCAGUUGUCUUGGACAGUUGUUCCACCUCAGCCUGUUACUGCUAAAGUACACACCCUCAGGUUUCCUAGUAAUGUACAUGCCCAGCCCUGAAGACUCUCAGACCUGCCACUGGAGCCCAGCCUUCAGGCCAAAUGUGGAUUCCAAGAGCAAACCUAGAAAGCCUAACCUGUUGGGUGCACAUUGGAAUCACUUGGGUCCCACCCUGAGGUUCUGGGGUGUGGCCUGGGCAUCAGGAAUCUCCUGGCUCCCCGCAUGAUUCUAAUGUGCAGAGCCCAUUGAGAGCUCCGGGUGUAAGGUACCUGCUUUCUGAGCUUAUUUGUAUUUGGGCAUUCCUUUGAGUAAUUUCAGUUGUGUAUUACCAGGGUGAUGUGAGCUUUCUGCCCCUACUCUCUGGUCAGUUGCUAGGGCCUGCCACAUGCCACUGUGCUGUGAGGCACUGUCAUAUACAGUCUGAAUACGUUUAUAUUCAGACUCAGGGCCAGUGCUGUUACUCUCAUUUUAGAUUUAGAAACCUGUGACUGUUUAAGCAGCAUUUACUCAAGGAUGCACACCUACUAAAUAUCAGCUAGAAUAUGAGUGACUGAAACCUAUUCCCUUCCCAUAACAUCUGCUGAGACCAACGUGACUUCAGUAAAUCUUAACUAUUUGGGUCUAUCUAAUCAAGUUAGCCUAAAAGUAAAUGAAAAAGCUAAAAUCCAUGCAAAUGGGUACUUUGUUUUUUUUGGUUUCAUGGUGUUUUUUUUAAGAUUUAUUUAUUUAUGUAGGCCAGCGGUGGGGGUGGGUAAAGCAGAUUCACCAGAGAAUGGGGAGCAGUGGACAAGGCAGGAGAAGUCUGCUGCGCCAUGUGGGUCACCUCCCUGGCCGGGGAUCAAACUCCUGCUGCAGUGGCUGCAGACAACUUCAUAGUGCUGAGAUUUAACCCCUUGCGCCACCAGGGAGGCUCCACAAAUGGGAACUUUGAAUAUCUUUUUUUUUUUUUUUUUUUUAA